AUGUUGGAUAUAUCCGACAUUUCGAUGGAUCUCUCGCACAGCAGCAGCGGCAGUGCAGGACGACGUCGUCGACGAGCGGCGUCCUUUUGCGUCGUUCGUGAUCGUCGUCGCGUCCGCUUCUCUGUCAUUCCCGACGGACCCGUAGCCGUAGAAAUCCAGCACUUUGCCAAUCCAGAAUUCACAUCUCCCAAACUCCAAGACCGCAAGGAAAUUUGGUACUCGAGCAUGGAAAUUCGUGCCUUGAAACAACUCAAUAUGGAUUUGUGUCGGCAAAAACAAGAACGAGAAGAGUCGCAAGAAGAAGACGACUCGGUAUGUUGGAGAGGACUGGAACACCUAGUAGAAGGCGAAACCAAACGACGCCAACGCAUCCAACAUUUUUUGGCGGCCAUCUUGAAGGUGCAGACGGAACGAAAGCGCAAGGGAGCUAUUCGACCCGAAGCCAUGGCCGAUGCCCUUCAGUCCUUUUCACGAUCUCAAAGUCGGGGCGAUCGAAGGCGCGCUCUAAAAGUGGGAAAACUCGAUUAUGCCGCCGCACAAGAGGGUGACAGUUCCAAUUCGAAUAAUAGCAACAACAACAACAGCAACAACAAUACACAGGGCAAGUCGCGAUCUUUCUUGCUGCGAUCGUCGUCGGCCCGCAAAUUACUGGGCCGGCGGUGUCGGCGACGUUCCGUCCACGACACUCCGGGAUCAGGACCCACCGUGCAGCGCAAUUUAUCCCUCGAUACCGAUCAAUUUCAAAAGCGACGAACCCUCUUGCGGCGGGUAUCCCAUCGAGCGGCGGCCAUGCUGCCCAAUCGACGGUCGUCUACGCUCAGUGCCACCAGUGCGACCUCGUCGACACGGUCGUUGCAAUCCACCGGAUCGACGGCGUCGGCAACGUCGUCCAGUCGAGCCAUCGGAGCGGAGGAGACAGCAUCAUAA